GCCAUGGCGACGGAGAGGCCUACUCGCUGUCCUAACGCCCGGCACUCCACGCGCUGCCUUUUGCCCUGUCCCCCGAUCUCCCGGAGGGGAGGACCGCCGGCCGAGGGCUUUGGUUGCCCGAGGCAAUAGCCCUCCUGGUGGCCCCUUCCCUGUUUUAUAGCGGGGGGAGGGGAGGUAUCCGCCGUGGCUCUCCAGGUGUUGAUGGGCUGCAACCCCCAGAGUCGCUGGCCGUUGGUGGGAGCUGGAAUCCAACAAAUACCUCCUUCAUUCCUAUUGGCUUUCUUGUAAAGGUAGUAGCAAAGAUGGGCCGACGGGCUCACCAGGAUUACGCCCCAGAGGAAAACCAUCUUAGCCUGACCAGCUCUCCAGCUUUGCAGCAUUCACCAGCUAAACCAGCAAAAGCACUGCAAAGAGUAUGGUAUGGCUCAGUUGGCGUCAGCGGUUCCAAGUCAAAAAAGAGAACGACAGAACAAGAAGUGGAAGACCAUCGCCUGAGACAGAGUUUAGAGGCAGAGGAUGAAGAAGAAGAUAUCCCAGUGAUCCCUGACUUGGAGGAGGUACAAGAGGAAGACUUUGCCAUGCAGGUUGCAGCCCCACCCAGCGUUCAGGUGAACAGAGUGCUGACCUACCGUGACCUGGACAAUGACCUCAUGAAGUAUGCUGCUUUCCAAACUUUGGAUGGAGAGGUUGACCUGAAGUUGCUCAGUAAGGUUCUAGCUCCAGAACAGGAUGUACGAGAGGAUGAUAUCAGCUGGGACUGGAAUCAUCUCUACACAGAGGUGGCCUCGGAGCUUCUGAGCGAGUGGGACUUGGGGCAGGCAGAAAAGGAGGAGACCCUCGCUCCAGUUAAGAACGCUUGAGCCUUGGCUGUUGAGCUUUGACAGCCAGCAGUGCCUCCUUUGCUAAGCAGGCACAGCUGCCAACCACACCGGCACAACUACAGAUUACUAAUGCAUUAUAUUUUGAACCCAUGCUUUGUAUCUGAGGAAUCAUUUUAGUCCACUUAAUAAACUUGUUUAAUAGAGUUCA